CAAAAGUCAUGUGUAACCUUGAUUGAAAAUUAUCAAUUUAUCACAAAACAAAGAUAAGAGGUGUACUCCCCACUUACUUCUUUGUGUUAAGAAGAAUGAAUCACUUACUUCCCUGUUAUUUUUGUUGCUGACAUGUGCAGAAUGAGAUAACAUCGACUUACCUAACAGUUUUUUUGUUCCUAGUGUUGAAAACAAUGUAAAAUGCCACGCAAUACUUCUGAAUAUGAACCAAUUGGUGAAUCCUCCCAUCAAACUCUCGACUUGAAUCUUGAUGAUUUCCAGUGUGACCUUUACGGCUACACUAGGAGCUCCAUACGCACUUUUUUCUACAAUUUUCUGGGAAUAGUAUUUUUAGGCCUUCCUUACUUACUCUCUAGUUGGUUUUCGCGCCUCAAAUCGUGGAAAUAUCGAAAAUGUAGCUUAAAACAAGCAAAGAUUGUCUUGAUCAAAGACGUGCACGGAAAUUGUGAUUUUGUCGAAAUUAAGACUGAAAAUACCAAAUUGCCUAAUUACGGUCAUGUGCCUUUAAGAUUUUUCAUUUAUAGACAUGCGAAAUACGUGUGGAUCCCCCAUAGCGAGUCUUUUGGGACUCUAGACCUGUUAAUACCCCCACAGACAGUUGAUAGUUAUGUUAAUAACACAGACGGGUUGUUUUAUAACGACUAUGUUGAUUUGUUAAAAUUAUACGGAUUGAAUAAAAUCGAAAUUGAGGUGAAAUCCUACUGGAGAUUGUUCGUCGAUGAAGUUUUUAAUCCAUUCUAUGUCUUCCAAGCAUUUUCCAUGACUUUGUGGUGUUUUGACCAUUAUUACAUUUAUGCAUGUUGUGUUUUUAUCCUCACAUUAUUUUCGGUGAUCACUGCUUUAAGACAAACAAGAAAACAAAGCGAAGCUUUGCAUGAUUUAGUCGAAUCAUCCAAAUGUCAUAAUGUUAAAGUUUUGCGACGAAAUCUCCUCUCAGAGAAUGUGUUUCAAGAUGCUGACCCUUCAGAAUUAGUCCCUGGAGAUUUAAUCAUCCUACCGAAAGCUAAUUUCGUAUUACCUUGUGAUGUAGUAUUACUAACUGGACAAUGUAUUGUUAACGAAAGUGUGCUAACUGGGGAAAGUGUCCCAGUGACUAAAACCGCUCUACAUUCAAGUAACGAAAUCUAUAGUACAAACACCCACAAACGGCAUACACUCUUCUCGGGGACUUUAAUGAUACAAAGUCGGUAUUAUGGGGGCGAAGAUGUCUUAGCAAGAGUCGUAACGACUGGUUUUAAUACUACUAAAGGGGCUCUAGUCAAAAGCAUCCUUUUUCCCACUCCAGUCGGUCUACAAUUCUACAAAGACAGUCUUAAAUUUGUUUUAGCUCUGUUUAUCAUAGCGGGCGCUGGAACCGCCUAUUGUCUCUAUUUAUACACCCAUCGCAAGGCCGAAAUUCGUGAAAUUGUGAUUAGAAGUCUUGACGUGAUAACAAUAGUUGUGCCACCUGCAUUACCGGCUGCGAUGACAGUCGGUAUAGUCUACAGUCAAAGCCGCCUUAAAAAACUCAAAAUCUUUUGUAUAAGUCCGCCAAAAAUCAAUGUUUGUGGUAAAGUAAAGUUGGCGUGUUUUGAUAAAACGGGUACUUUGACUCAAGAUGGCCUUGAUAUGCAUUCAAUUGUUCCAUGUGUCAAUUCAAUAUUUAGUGAGCCAAUCAGAGAGUGUCCUGAUUGUCAUAAUAGACUUGUACAAGCCAUGGCCACCUGUCAUUCACUCACACAAAUCGAUGGCGAAUUGACCGGUGAUCCACUCGAUUUGAGUAUGUUUCAAUUUACGAAAUGGAUUUUGGAAGAGCCAGGUGAUGAUGAAACUGCCAGAUUUGAUAUGUUAGCACCGACUAUAGUUAAGCCGGUGGAGAGUGGGGAUUCCCCGGAGUUUCCGUAUCAGUUGGGUAUAAUUCGUCAAUUUCCGUUUUCUUCGACUUUACAGUGCAUGUCUGUGAUUUGUAAAGAGUUAAGUGAACGAAAUAUGAUAGUUUUUACUAAAGGUGCCCCCGAGAAAGUUUCCGGGAUGUGUAAUCCGGAUAGUCUCCCGGAGAAUUUCUCGACACAAUUAUCACAGUUGGCGGUGCAAGGAUAUAGAGUUAUAGCCCUGGCGUGGAAACAAAUGCCGAUCAAAUUUAAAUGGAAGGAGGCACAAAGAGUCAAGAGAGAUGUCGUCGAGUGUGACUUGAUAUUUCUCGGUUUACUAGUAAUGCAAAAUACGCUCAAACCAGAAACAACUCCAAUUAUUAGACUUUUGCAUGAUGCUAAAAUUCGAACUGUUAUGAUAACAGGUGAUAAUAUUUUGACGGCGAUUUCUGUGGCACGUGAUUGCGAAAUGGUCAAAACACAUGAUGAAAUUUUUAUACUUGAAACGAAAAAUUGUAGCAAUUCGAGCUCCACGCCUGAGCUACUUUUACAAAAUCUCAAUUCGGCCAACACUCAAAGCAUUUCAAUCGAUUUCGAUUUUUCGCAUUGUCAUUUAGCGAUUGAUGGUAAAACUUGGACGAAAAUUCGUACGUUUUAUCCCGAUCUUCUGCCAAGUCUUUUAAUUCGCACCACGAUUUUCGCCCGAUUUCAACCCGAUCAAAAAACACAAGUAAUUACAUACUUGCAAAGCUUGGAUUAUGUCGUAUCGAUGGUGGGAGAUGGCGCUAAUGAUUGUGGGGCGUUGAAAGCAGCCCACGUUGGCGUUUCGUUGUCUCAAGCCGAGGCGAGUGUUGCAGCACCUUUCACGUCGGCAAUUCAGGACAUUUCAUGUAUUGUUCACUUAAUCUUGGAAGGGAGAUGUGCACUAGUUACAAGUUUUGCCGUUUUUAAAUACAUGGCGCUGUAUAGCUUGAUCCAAUUUACCACCGUUUUAAUUUUGUAUAGGCAAAAUUCAGUCUUGGGUGACGUCCAAUUCCUUUUCAUUGAUCUAAUAAUCACGACAAGUCUGGCUGUGACUAUUGGUAGACAAGGUCCAUCGAGUAAAUUAGGUGUGAAAAGACCCCCAGGGUCCCUUGUCGCCGCUUCAAUUCUCAUACCAAUUCUAUUACAAGUGAUUGUUUGUGUCAUUGUUCAAGUUGGUUCAAUGUUGUAUUUGUUUCAACAAGAAUGGUUCAAACCAGUACCAAGUCAUGCCGACCAUGAAGUAAUCGAGUGUUGGGAAAAUACAGUCCUUUUUUCAGUCUCGUCUUUCCAGUAUCUCAUUUUAGCUUUUGUCUACUCAAAAGGAAAACCAUUCCGGCAAAGAUUGAUUAGGAACUUUUGGUUUUUACUUUGUUCGGUUACACUCACUGCUUUUCAAAUCUGGCUGUUGGUAGCACCGACUCGAAAUGUCGCCGAAUUUUUCGAAAUCAUGUUUUUGCCACACAAAGCCAAAGAACAAAUUAUUUUUAGAUACAAAUUGUUGUUGAUUCCACUUGGACAUUUAUUCACCGCCAUGUUUAUUGAGGUGGCCAUAGCUGAUCGAACUUGGUUGAAAAAACUCCUCCAUUGCAUCAUCCGCAAAAAAAUACCCAAAAACAAGUACAAACUGCUAUUACAAGAUAAUGACAUUCAUCUCAAUUUAUUAAAUUUUAAUAAUUGAUAGUAUUAUACUGCGUUACAAAUAAAAGUCUGGAAACAAUAUUUAAAAA